CAGCGUAUCUCAGAACUUCUCCGACCUCGGGCAAGGUGAGUGCUACUCUCUAAUAUUCGACACCACUAUCCCAGAACGGACAUCCUGUGACACGUGUCCCCCUCUAUUCGACCAAAUUCUACCUACUUCUGGAGGCGCAAGCGCUAUUCGGCUGUUAUCUGGGAAAAGGGAGGCGCGGCUAUAACCAUGGAUCCCAGUGUACUCGCCAACAUGGACAAGGACGCACUGAAGAAGCAGAUCGAGAACAUGAAGUACCAAGUUGAAAUGGAUCGGUGGCCCCUGUCUAAGAGCAUCGUCGCGAUGAGGGAGUACGUGGAAGAGAACGAGAAGACUGACCCACUGAUACACGCGCCCGACAAGAAGAACAAUCCCUGGGCCGAGAGAGGCAAAUGCAUAAUCAUGUAAUCAGGACGUAGAACCGCAGGGAAGAAGGAGAAGGAGAAGAGGCGAGGAAGCAUCUCUGAGCGAGUACCAUCCUAAUCGAACAGAGGAGAAGCGGGAGCCGUUUCUAAACCGCGUUUGUAAUAAACCAGCGAAAACAAGAAAAUAAAUACCAAAAAAAAAAAAAUAAAAAAAAUUAAAAAAUAAAAAGAAAGAACGAAGCAGCCAGUCAACCAAAAAAGAAAAAAAACGGAAAAAAAAAAGAAAAAAAUACAUACACAAAAGAACAAAAUACAUACAUAAAGGAGGAAAAAACGAGAAAAAAAAAUAAAAGAGAGAGAAAAAGAGAGAGAGAAUAUAUGCAUGUAUAUGUAAGGGAGAGAGGGAAAGGACGAAAAGGAUGAGGAUGAAGAGAAGAAACGCAAGGUGGUUGCAAGCGAGUUGGAUGAAAUCCUACAAGAAGAUGGUGCCAGGAGAGCAGCAAAGUUUCAGAAGAAGGAGGCGCGAAAUUGGCGCGAAGUGAAAAAUAGUUCGAAAAGUAGCCGGAGCAAAAAUUAUUUAACAAUCCAAUUCCUCGCGGUUACCUGUCCGCGGCAACUUUCCCGUUCGGCAUGCAAACGAACGAUCGCCGCGUUUCAGCUCGGCUUUCUUCGUCUCUAAUCCUCGAAGCAUCUCGAGUCGAAUCGUAUCGAGGUAUCCGAAUACAAAAUCACGAUCCUCUGGAUUCGCGCAGUAACGAGAAGAGACGAGAAAAUUUCGUAUCCAUGUAUAUCGAUCGGUUAAAACUUCACCUCGUGUCCAUUGCUAUUUUUCUCGAUUUUUCUAUCCAUUCAUUUCUCGUUACUUUCUUUUCGUUCUCUUCUUCUCUAACCCUGUUUCUCUUUAACGCGAGCAAACGAUCGAGGGAGAAAGAUUUGAAGAAAAGCUUCCCGAUUCGAAGAAGUCUUGUUUUUGUGGAUUUAAAAAAAGAAAAAGAAAAAGGCAAUGGUGAAAAUUCAAUCGAUUUGAUAUCUGAGACGAGAAAUCGAAGCGAAAUAGCGCGAGACGAACGGAUGUUUCCGCGAACAGGGCCAUCAUCACGCUCCGGAUACAUCGAGCUUCCGCCUCAGUCGUCGUUCCGAGUUCCGGCGAGUUUAUAAGAUAUAUUAUUCGGUUCUGAUUCGAUCUCAUUCGUUUCGAUCGAAACACGUGUUACGAAUUUGUAAUACGAGCAUCGUGUGCAAUUUCGACAACCUAGUACCACGGGAAACUCUUUUAAAUCGUUCAUUAAUAUCGUGUAAGGAUUAUUUAUCUUAAGUACACAAUGUAAUCUAACGUCAUUAUAUGUACACACGUUAAUAUCAUAUGUCGUACGAUUAAUACGCUAUGCAUAUUUCUGCGAAUUUCUUACGAAAAUAUAAUAUAUUCACAUCGUUUAA